AUGUUCGCAGACUCACGAACAGAGUGUUGCACGCUGUCCCCAACAUUGUUCCAGGUGUUCAUCAACGACCUAUUGGAAGUCGUAGAGGCGGUGCGGAAGGGCGUAAAAGCAGGGGACACGGAAACGUCGGUUUCAGGAAUGCUGUUUGCGGAUGAUUUUGUCGGUGUGUCGGACACCCCUGAGGGACUGCAACUGCACAUUGACGCGGAGAAGAAGGAAGCUGCACCCAAUACUCGCAAACCGGCACCUCGAUACACGCACCAGAUUGAAGAUGAAAGCAGCGAAAAUCANAUCAACGAUCUGUUGGAAGUCGUAGAGGCAGUCCGGAAGGGAGUAAAAGUAGGGGACACGGAAACGUCGGUUUCAGGAAUGCUGCUUGCGGAUGAUUUUGUCGGUGUGUCGGACACCCCUGAGGGACUGCAACUGCACAUUGACGCGGAGAAGAAUGCCGUCAUGGUUUGCAACGAGAACAAGAAGGAACCAGUAGAACAUAAAUGGAAGUGGGGGAUCGAGGAGAUUGCAGUGAGUGACCAGUACACAUACCUCGGAGUAGAGAUCGCAAAAGACUGCUCGUGGAAUGCACACAUGUCCAAGGUAGCGGAAAAGGGCAAAGCACGAGCAGGGAAGCUGCACCCAAUACUCGCAAACCGGCACCUCGAUACACGCACCAGAUUGAAGGUAUUGAAGAGCGUAAUCGUACCGCCACUAGAGUACGCCGGAGAAGUAUGGGAAGGAAAAAAGAAGGUUGUGAAAAACCUCGAGGCGGCGCAGAUGAAAGCAGCGAAAAUCAUCGUAGGAUGCUCCAAGCGCACAAGUAAUGUAGCCGUCAGGGCAGAAUUGGGGAUCCGAUCCCUACGGUCGGGAAGACACGCGAGAAAGCUGAAAUGGCAGUAUCGCAUGUGCGGGAUGGGAGAGGUGCGGUGUCGAAUGCCUUUUUCACGUCCAGGAAGAAGCAGUACGUCGGCUUUCCCGCCCUCUUUCUACCUUGAAUGA